GCGCGGGGGAGGCCAUUGGUGGGCGGUUCCGCCGACGGUAGCCGGUUUGGCGGAACUGGCGGCUACGAAGGCGCCGAAGGAUGGAGGCGGUGGUUUUCGUCUUCUCUCUCAUCGACUGCUGCGCUCUCAUCUUCCUUUCCGUCUAUUUUAUAAUCACAUUAUCUGAUUUAGAAUGUGACUACAUCAAUGCUAGGUCUUGUUGCUCAAAAUUAAACAAGUGGGUGGUCCCAGAAUUGAUUGGCCACACUAUUGUUACCGUAUUAAUGCUUAUUUCAUUGCACUGGUUCAUCUUUCUCCUCAACUUGCCUGUUGCUACCUGGAAUAUAUAUCGGUUCAUUAUGGUGCCAAGUGGGAACAUGGGAGUGUUUGAUCCUACAGAGAUACAUAACCGAGGGCAAUUGAAGUCACACAUGAAGGAAGCCAUGAUCAAACUUGGUUUUCAUCUGCUUUGUUUCUUCAUGUACCUUUAUAGUAUGAUUCUGGCUUUGAUAAAUGACUGAACCUGGAAGGAGAUGCCUAAGUUGGAGUCUUAUACUACAAUGAACAGUUGAGGAGCCAGAGAUGAGUUUAGUCCAUACCUAGAACCGUGUCCAUUAAGCAGUAUAUUUUUUUCCUCUUUGGACAAAAAAAACAAAAAACACUAAAAAACUAUUUUUGCUGUAUUUUUACCACAUAAAGUAUUUAAAAAAUAUGAACUGAGUUUUUGUAGAUUUGUGGUUCUCAGCCUCAGCCCUAGCCAAGACACGUAUUUGAUCUUCUCUGUGUUGAAAAUCGUCAUUUGUUGAAGGAAUGGUACUAUCAGUGAAGCCAAAGAAAUAAAGAAUAAAUAUAACAA